ACAGAAAUGGCUCGUACAAAGCAAACUGCCCGUAAAUCUACCGGAGGAAAAGCUCCCCGAAAACAACUUGCCACCAAGGCAGCACGUAAAAGUGCUCCAGCCACCGGUGGUGUUAAGAAGCCUCAUCGUUACAGGCCUGGAACCGUUGCUCUCCGUGAGAUCCGUCGUUACCAGAAGAGUACUGAGCUUCUCAUCCGCAAGCUCCCAUUCCAACGUCUAGUCCGAGAAAUCGCCCAAGAUUUCAAAACCGAUCUCCGAUUCCAGAGUUCUGCAGUCAUGGCUCUUCAAGAGGCUAGCGAAGCUUACUUGGUCGGUCUUUUCGAAGAUACCAACUUGUGUGCUAUCCACGCUAAACGUGUAACUAUUAUGCCUAAAGACAUCCAACUGGCCCGCCGUAUCCGCGGUGAACGUGCAUAAGCUGUCAUCAGUUAUUUCAAACCAAAAGGCUCUUUUCAGAGCCACAAUUUGUUUAAAAGAGAAGGAAGCAAUAUUUGUCUUGUCUUUGUGUUUAUUUUAUACACUAAAUAUUUUAUUUUUUGACACCCUGUUAUAACAAUAAUAGAUCUUAUGUGCUAUAUCUGCAACGAGGAGAUUAACUGAUAU